ACUUCUUCGGUUAUCCAUUUCCCUCUAUUUUCGAUCGUUUUGCGCUGCGGGACCCAUGGGAGCUCUAUUUUUAGAAUAUUUUAUUUGGACCUUUUUUAACCCGCCGAAGUAACCCGACGCGAGCCAUGACAAAGGCGCCGCUGCAACUCGAUCACUUCCCGCUAAUAAUAUUCUGCAUUCAGCUCUUCCCUUAUCUCUUCCCCAAAUGGCCACCAGCUUUGCAAUUAGUCGAUGCUCUGCCUCAGCCUAUCAACGCGCCGUAGUCUAUCUAAGUAGACCGCAACAACUCCAUACCUUAUCUUCUCUAACUGCCAAAUCCAGGUUCUUAAAGUUGAAUAAUCUCACGAGAAAUUGCUCGUCUUCAUCAAACGCACCAUUUAUCGUAGCGGACGAUGAGAAAUACGGUAACAAGCAAGUCAUCAGCAUCACUCCUCGGCUUUACGAUUAUAUCCUCUCCAAUGUUCGCGAGCCUCAGAUUCUCCGACAGUUACGCGAAGAAACCGCCAAUAUGCGCGGUAGUCAAAUGCAGGUGUCUCCUGAUCAAGCACAGUUACUAGCGAUGCUAGUGCAGAUUCUGGGGGCUGAAAGAUGCAUCGAAAUCGGUGUUUAUACUGGAUACUCUUCAUUGGCUAUUGCAUUGGCUCUACCAGAAUCAGGCUGUUUAGUUGCCUGUGAAAGGGAUGCUAGAUCUCUUGAGGUUGCAAAAAAGUAUUAUGAGCUAGCCGGUGUUUCACAGAAGGUAAUUGUGAAACACGGAUUAGCUGCAGAUGCUUUGAAAUCUAUGAUUCUGAAUGGUGAGGCUUGCAGCUAUGAUUUUGCAUUUGUUGAUGCUGAAAAGAGGAUGAAUCAAGAAUAUUUUGAACUGCUACUACAGUUGGUUAGGGUUGGGGGACUCAUCGUGGUUGAUAAUGUCCUUUGGCAUGGAAAAGUUGCUGACCUAUUGGUAAAUGAUGCGAAGACUGUAAGCAUUAGGAAUUUCAAUAGAAAUGUAAUGGAGGACAAGCGUGUAAGCAGCAGUAUGGUACCUAUUGGAGAUGGAAUGACAAUCUGCCAAAAACGAUGAUCUAUGUCAUACUUACUGCUUGACUUGUUGGUUUAUUCCUCGGAAGUCAAAACCAUGGUUCAUGUUUGUGCAACUGGCUCCAUUGUGGCAUCCUUCGGAAAAGGCACUCAUAUUUUAAAAUGGUCACGGAGUUAAUUUACUUGACAGGUGACUAGUGGGUUGAUUGAAGGUCAGAUCCUUAAACCAGUGCGACCAUCAGCAGGCCUGCCACAUCCUUUGAAAUUCAUUCAGACAGGUAAAAUGCUGGCCAUCGAUAUACGCUUGUUAGAUGAAUUCUGUUUCCCCUGAAAAGCAAGGUAGGGGUUGGGGAUCAUCCUGAUGUACAUUUGCCCCCUUGUUUUGUAGUAACAACCAAUAAAACAGAGCUAGAAAUUACUUGAGACUGCUUUUCUAUUUUUGAAUGAAACACGUAUACAUUACAGGUU